GAAUAAAUAAUAAGUGAAUAGAUAGAAAUUAAAAUCUACCCCUAUUUUCUUCCACUCAUCAGUUGAUGGUGCAGAUUCGGAACGUUUCCUCCUGGUUGCCGACAGGUCGCUGAAAGCAAUUUAUCACGUUGACGUCACAUCCGGUGCCAAUGCGUCACUUCCGCUUGGGGAACUUCCGGAUCCGUCCGGCCUUGACUAUGAUCACGUGACAGAUCACGUGUACUGGUCGGACGUAUCGGAGGGUAAAAUCAUGCGAGCCUAUCGGAAUGGAACAAACAUUAAAGUCGUGGCUGAAAAUGGCGUUAUCUCUCCGACUGAUGUUGCUCUUGACUUUGCGGGAGGGAACGUCUACUGGACGGACAGUGUGGCUUACGUCAUCCGAGUUGCCCGGAUGGACGGUGAAUACUCCAGGGUCAUCGUCCGAGAGGCCGAGCAUAUCAAGCCACAAGGAAUAGCUCUGGAUCCUGAAAACGGCUUCAUGUACUGGACGGCCUACUGGACGGCCUACUGGGGUAAUGGAGCAAAAAUAAGCCGGUCAGCAAUGGACGGGAGUGGCAGCAAAACAUUGGUCAACACAACUGAAGGACUGAAGUGGCCACAAGGCAUAGCCAUUGACAUACAAGGACAGAGACUGUAUUGGUGCGAUGGAGGCUUCCACCGUAUAAUGAGCUCAACACUGCAAGGUGGUGAUGUCACCGAUGUGUUCAGCAUCACAGGCCUAUCGCCGGGAUACUUCGGCAUUGUGGUGGACGACUCGUACAUGUACUGGACGGCAUGGGCGUUAGAUCAUAUAACAAGAGACUGA